AUGCGGGCAGAGCUCUGGCUCCUGGUGCUGGUGUUCAGGGAGGCUGCCCGGGCGCUGAGCCCCGCGCCCGGAGCAGGUCAGGAUGCAGGCCGAGGCUCUGGAUGGGCUGCCAAGGGGACCACGCAGGGUUGGAGUCAGAGAGCCCGAGAGAGCCCUGGGCAGGUGUCGGAGUCGGACAGGACCCAGCUGAGCCAAGACCCAGGCGGGGGCACCCUGGCCAUUGACACACUACCUGAUAACAGGACCAGGGUGGUGGAGGACAACCACAACUACUACGUGUCCCGUCUGUAUGGCCCCAACGAGCCCCGCAGCCGGGAGCUGUGGGUGGAUGUGGCCAAGGCCAACCAGAGCCAAGUGAAGGUCCAUAGAAUCCUCUCCAACACCCACCGGCAGGCUUCGAGAGUGGUCUUGUCCUUUGAUUUUCCUUUCUACGGGCAUCCUCUGCGGCAGAUCACCAUAGCAACUGGAGGCUUCAUCUUCAUGGGGGACACGAUCCAUCGGAUGCUCACAGCGACUCAGUACGUGGCGCCUCUGAUGGCCAACUUCAACCCCGGCUACUCUGAGAAUUCGACAGUCGCUUACUUUGACAAUGGGACAGUCUUUAUUGUUCAGUGGGACCACGUCUACCUCCAAGGCCGGGAGGACAGGGGCAGCUUCACUUUCCAGGCAGCUCUGCACCACGAUGGCCGCAUUGUAUUUGGCUACAAAGAGAUCCCUAUGCCUGUCCUGGAAAUCAGCUCCUCCCAGCACCCCGUCAAAGCAGGCCUGUCAGAUGCCUUCAUGAUUCUCAACCCUUCCCCGGAUGUCCCAGAAUCUCGGCGAAGGACCAUCUUCGAAUACCAUCGUGUGGAGCUGGACCCCAGCAAGGUCACCAGCACAACAGCUGUGGAGUUCACCCCAAUGCCAACCUGCCUGCAGCAUCAGAGCUGUGACGCCUGCGUGUCCUCGGACCUGACCUUCAACUGCAGCUGGUGCCAUGUCCUCCAGAGAUGCUCCAGUGGUUUUGACCGCUACCGCCAGGAGUGGCUGGCCUACGGCUGUGCCCAGGAGGCAGAGGGCAGGACGUGUGAGGACUUCCGGGACGAAGGCCACUACUCGGCCUCCCCCAACAGCUCCUUCAGUCCCUUUGACGGAGACCUCACCACCACUUCCUCCUCGCUCUUCAUCGACAGCCUCACCACAGAAGAUGACACCAAGUUGAAUCCCUAUGCAGGAGGAGAGGGCCUUCAGAACAACCUGUCUCCCAAGACCAAGGGCCCCCCCGUGCACCUAGGCACCAUCGUGGGCAUCGUGCUAGCGGUCCUCCUGGUGGCAGCCAUCGUCCUGGCUGGGAUUUACAUCAACGGCCACCCCACCUCCAAUGCCGCGCUCUUCUUCAUCGAGCGGAGACCUCACCACUGGCCAGCAGUGAGAUUCCGCAACCACCCCAACCACUCCACCUACACGGAGGUCGAGCCCUCGGGCCACGAGAAGGAGGGCUUCGUGGAGGCUGAGCAGUGCUGAGGGCACCGGGCCUCCCCUUGGAAGGAUAGGAAAGAAGACCCC